CAUCGAUGGCUGCUUCCUUCUGCCACCCAACACAUCACUAUCACCUCGCGAUUUGAUCAAGAAGAGGCGGGUAGCAGUACAGUAGUCAUCGCUUUCUAGACUGGACCUCUUUAGCUUUACGACUCGACACACCUCUGCCUCUUAACCACCUGGACUCGACUGGACCUCUUUCGCGCGUGCGCCACUGGAUCACGACCUCAUCUCGACAAUUACGACGGCUACCGCGGCAAUCGGUUUAGCAUUACCUCCCCUGCUUCUUCUUCUUCUCCACUCACGUCGCCAUGACACAGAAGUCAGAGAUCUACCAGAAGGCCUUUGGCCAGAUUGCCAACCGCCACACGGCGCCAGCACCGGAGAUCGACUUCACCAUCCACACGCAAGAUGACGGCACCACAGUCUCGACGCAGGAGCGAGUCAUCAAGGACGUGCAAGCACCUGCUUUUCGAAAGCCUACAGACGAGGAGUUCUUUUCCCAGCAAGACCCCACAAAGCCGGACAUUGCCUUUUUGAAGAACCACUUCUAUCGCGAGGGGAGGCUCACAGAUGAGCAGGCGACGUUCAUUCUGCGUAGGGCGACGGAGAUCCUCAAGCAGGAGCCCAAUGUCCUCGAGGUCGAUGCUCCCAUCACGGUUUGCGGUGAUAUCCAUGGACAGUAUUUUGACUUAAUGAAGCUCUUCGAGGUCGGUGGUAACCCGGCGGACACACGAUACCUCUUUCUCGGCGAUUACGUUGAUCGUGGAUACUUUUCGAUUGAGUGCGUCCUGUACCUCUGGGCGCUCAAGAUCUGGUACCCAGACACCCUCUUCCUCCUCCGCGGCAACCACGAGUGCCGCCACUUGACCGACUACUUUACCUUCAAGCUCGAGUGCAAGCACAAGUACUCGGAGCAGAUCUAUGACGAGUGUAUGGAGUCCUUCUGCACGCUGCCCCUCGCUGCCGUCAUGAACAAGCAGUUCCUCUGCAUUCAUGGCGGCCUGAGCCCGGAGCUUCAGACACUUGACGACCUUCGUGCAGUCAAUCGAUUCCGCGAACCUCCAACACACGGCCUCAUGUGCGACGUCCUCUGGGCAGACCCACUCGAGGACUUUGGCACAGAGAAGACCAACGAGAGUUUCGUCCACAAUCACGUCCGCGGCUGCUCCUACUUCUUCACAUACCAAGCCGCAUGCCAAUUCCUCGAGCGCAACAACCUCCUCUCCAUCAUUCGAGCCCACGAAGCCCAAGACGCCGGCUACAGGAUGUAUCGCAAGACAAAGACUACGGGCUUCCCUUCGGUCAUGACCAUCUUCUCAGCUCCCAACUACCUCGAUGUCUACAACAACAAGGCCGCAGUCCUCAAGUACGAGAACAACGUCAUGAAUAUUCGCCAGUUCAACUGUACGCCUCACCCGUAUUACCUGCCCAACUUCAUGGACGUCUUCACCUGGAGUCUGCCCUUUGUCGGUGAGAAGAUCACGGACAUGCUCAUCUCGAUUCUCAACGUCUGCAGCAAGGAGGAGCUCGACGAGGAAGAGGCCGAGGAGGAGGCAGAAGAGCAAGCAGCGCUCGCCGCCGAGCAAGAAGCAGCAGCAGCAGCAGCCGCAGCAGCAGCAGCAUCUCAAGCUCAGGCCUCAUCCUCAGCAGCAAACGCAGGCGACGACUCUAUGAUGGAAGACGUGGACGGCGUCAUCCCCAGCGGCGAGGCAGAGGACGGCUCGGAGGAGCGUCGCGCCGUCGUCAAGCAGAAGAUCCUCGCCGUCGGCCGCAUGUCCCGCGUCUUUGCUCUUCUCCGUGAAGAGGCCGAGCGAGUGUCCGAGCUCAAGAGCGUUGCCCCCUCCGGCAAGCUCCCCUAUGGCAGCCUGGCAUCGGGAGCAGAGGGCAUCAAGGAGGCCAUCACGAACUUUGACGAUGCGCGCAAGGUGGACAUCGAGAACGAGCGCCUGCCCCCUGAUCUCAUCGAUGCGGACGAGGCGAGCUUGGCGUCGAUCGAGGGACGAGGCAGCAGCAGCUUCGAUGAGUCGCGUUCUGGUGGUGGAAUGACCGAGGCUAGCGCUCCUACGACUCCUGGCUCGCCGGGAGGCCCUUCCCCAUCAUCGCCUGGCGCUCCAGCCGUCUCCGCCGGAGGAGGCUACGUCCCCACCAACCGCCCAGGUCAUCGUCGCGGACACUCGCGCACCUCUUCGCUCGGUACGACGAACACCUCUUCGCCCUCGAAUCGCCGUCGCUCGUUGGAGUCUACGGUUAACAUGAUCCGUGAAGCUCUUGCAGGAGAGGAGGGAAUCGAUGAGAGUUCAUUUGAGAAGUUGGCAGACUCUGUGGCUAGCCCAGCGAGUCCCAAGGUUGGCGGAGGGGAGGGCUCGAGGAGGAGCGGGAGCAUCAAGAGGGCACAGCAGGCUGGGGCUGGCGUUGGGGGAGGAGGGAUGUAUCAGCAGCAGAAUAGCGGAUUGCCGAGGGGUGGAGGAGCGCCAACUUCAGGUGGCGGUGGUGGUGGGGCGUGAGGGCAGUAGCCAGCCCACGUCUCAGAACCACGACUCUUCCUCAUUACCAACUCUGCUCCGCUCAAACCAACACUUUCUCUUUUUGUACCAUUCCUUUGCUUCUCAUGUUUCUCUCUCUUGCGCCCACUCUCUACGCUCCUUACAAAGCCAUUCUAUGGUCUUUUCGACUCAUUGCAAGUGGUCGCUACUCCGGGGACGAGGUGCAGACUGGAGAGGAGCAGAGGAUGAUGGGUGCAUGUUAUUGAGUAGACUAGCGAGAGCGAGCGACAAGCUAAGGAGCGCGCCAAGGGUUGUGUGUCAAGAGCGGGAAGACAAGAGCAGGUCCGCCGUCGAGACGGGAAUGGGGAUGUGGUGUGCGUAGAAAAACAUUGAGCGGAUCGACGAGGGCGGCCGAGGUAAGGAGAUGGCCCGGUCGGGCGUCCAGAUUGCGGAGACAAGGGGCUUGCAAAAGAUCAG